AUGUCGAUGAAAUCGAACUCGGCAUUUCAACGUCUUCAAGCAGAAUAUCGACGUCUAUCGAAAGAUCCUGUACCUUAUUUGACAGCACAACCCUUAUCGUCAAAUUUAUUAGAAUGGCGUUAUGUUGUACGCGGACCGAGUGACACACCGUACGAAGGUGGAAUCUAUCAAGGCAAAAUUGUUUUUCCUCUUGAAUACCCGUACAAACCACCAAGUAUAUAUAUGCUAACGCCGAAUGGACGAUUUAAAACGAAUACAAGUCUAUGUUUAACAAUAACAUCAUUUCAUCCAGAUUCAUGGAAUCCAUCUUGGUCGAUAUCUUCAAUACUGAAUGGUUUUUUGAGUUUUAUGUGUGAUACAAGUGCAACAUACGGUAGUAUCGAGACUACGCAAGCUGAAAAACGGAAACUCGCCAAUGAUUCAUUAGGAUUUAAUAUCCAAGAUCCAAUAUUCUGUGAAUUAUUUCCUGAAAUAACAACAGAAAUCAAAAAGAUUCUCGACGAGCGAACUGCGAAACUCGCAACGCAGAAUUCGAUCUUGAGUAGUGUCGAACAAUCAAGCGUGUCAUCAAUGUCAACAAGCGCAUCAACAUCAACAUCUUGGCUCAAUAAUCUGAUCGGAAAUUUAAUGGUUCUUUUCUGUUUAGCAGCCUUUGCUGUUAUCGUUCGAUUUAUUCUGAAUUCUGUUGCCGAAAUCCAGUAA